AUGGCUCUCCCGCAGCGCCGCGCCAGCGUGCUCCUCCUCGUUGCCCUCGCGCUCGCGGCGAUCGUCUUCAGCUCCGCCGACACGGCCCGAGUUCCCAAGGCCCUUGAGGUCCAGGAAGCCUCGGCGGCCGACGGGAGACAGGCACAGGCCCCCACAGGCAUCGACGACGCCGUGCGGCCGGUCGAGCAUGUCGUCGUCGUAGACAAGCUCGGCGGAGGCGGCGGCGGCCAUGGUGGCGGAGGAGGCGGUGGUCAUGGUGGCGGGGGAGGCAGCGGUCGUCAUGGCGGAGGAGAAGGCGGCGGUCAUGGCGGCGGAGAAGAAGGUGGAAGUUCAAGAGGCUUUGGAGGCGCUGGGUACCACGGGUACGGGAGUGCCCGGGGACCCAAGUCAGCCUCCAGUGGCCGCGAUGGCGUCUGGAAGGUGGGCGUCGCCGCCUCGGUUUUGGGCGCCGCCGCCUGGCUGCUGUAG